GAUAAUUACGACGCACCCAAUUUCGAGCUCCUGCACAAGCCAUUAAUGGUGGCCACCGAAACUACUGAGCCUUCAUAAUAAUUCACAAAAUACACGAUCAAAUUGUAGAAAUGAAGAAGCUUUAGCUCUGAUUUUGUGUUUUACGUGUUCAAAAUUGCAACCUUUUCUUUUAUUUCACAGGAAAAAUAGAAGCAUAACCCAGUACGAGGCUUUUGGAGGAGCCCACUUGAAAAGGAUCUCUUAUUCAGAAAAUUAGGGAAAAAAAGAGGGCUCUUUUUUUUUUUUUUUUUUUUUUUUUUUUCUCUUGGUGGGGAAGGGGGAAAGGGUGCUUUUUGAAGAUGCCAAUUUGGAGGUUUGGAGUGGUGCCAUGGCUCAAGGAGAAGAUCCUUGAUCCCCUUUUGCAGAUCAUCAAAAGGGGUGCAGAACCAAAGGAGCUAGCAUUUUCUACUGCUCUUGGUGUGACUCUGGGAGUGUUUCCCAUUUGUGGGACCACCGUCCUUCUUUGUGGAAUGGCCAUAGCAUUGCUUGGAGAUCGCUGUCACGCUCCAAGUGUUAUGCUCGCUAACUUUGUUGCUACGCCAAUUGAGUUAAGUCUGGUCAUACCCUUCUUGCGGUUGGGCGAAUUCAUCUCUGGCGGCCCGCAUUUCCCGUUGACAUCUGACGCUCUGAAGAAGGUUAUUACAGGCAAAGCCUCGAGAGAAAUACUACUCAGCAUACUCCAUGCGCUACUGGGUUGGUUCAUUGCAGUCCCUUUCAUACUCGCCCUGCUGUACGCAAUCUUCCUCCCUUGUUUCAAGCUUCUGGUUCACAAGUUCAGUAGCGAACCUUCGAGCCCAAAGAAACAAACUCUAUUAUCCUGGAGAGGUUAAGCUUAAAGUAAGAUAUGUGUAGCUUGUGGGGAGACCGGGGAGCGGAAGCAGCUUCUUCAGGAAGCAACUGCAUUCAAAUCUCUUCAUGAAGAUCCCUAAAAACUCAUGCGUAUACUUUUCUGUUUGAAUGAAGCAGCGUGUGCCGAUAUGUAAUCUUUGCAUUAAGAAAAAAAAGGAGGAACUGUGUAUAAUGCAAUGUUAUCUGUGACAUGCAAAUGGUUGUAACGUACUCAAUUUGUAUUAGGUAGUAAAUGGGGUUAAACUGAU